AUGGAGGACUCACACUUGUUAAAUUCUGGAAAAUUGUCAGAAGAAGAACUUCGGUGCUGUCAACGUCUUCUCAAUGUAAUGAAUUCAUAAAAAAAUUAUCUCCUCGAAUUUGAUUGAACUAAGCACUAAACCCUUUAUUUUUUCAUUAUAUUUAACUGAAAAAAAACGAUUAAACGGUGCCAUGGUUGUUUGAUCGAUGAACUUUUUGCAGAGUUUGAAAGAACAAAUACGGAAUAUUGACAAAGCAGAACUUAGCAACAAUGAAGAAGAGGAAGAAGAAGUGAAUAGAAUUCGUGAACAAGUUUUCCUUUCCUUUCUCCCGUUUUGAUGAGAUAAAUUUGAGCUUCUCGACCGAAUUACAUGGAUAAAAUCUGCAAUGAACGGUUUACUCGUAGCUGGCGACACCAAGUAUUCUGAAAAAUACCGAAUACAAACUACGUUUCUAUCUCAGACACUACGAGCAAGAAGCGAAGAAGGUGUGCGCUGACCUGAAAGUUGAAGGGACUGCUUUUCCUGAGCUUGAAAGGCUUCUUACACAAGUACUACGACGAGAAUCUCUUCUACCAGAGAGCAAGAGGAAAAAAUGGAGAUGUUUUGUGUGAGCGGAAUUUCUACAUAACCUUUUACCUUAUAAUGUAACUUUUUUUACCAGACCAUUCUAACUAGGGAACGUUUUUUACCCCCCGGUUGAACUUUUGCUGAAACUUUGCCGAAGUGUACUUUAGGACCUCCUGAUUGCAGAUCAAGAAGAAAAUUUCUCGCAAUGGAUCUUGUUUCCGAGUUAUGGAGCUUCAAAGUGUGCAAAAUACGCAAAUUAGGCCAAAAAAGCGCUAUUUCGGGCUUUUGAAGUGUCCUAACUCGAAAACGAGAUCUAUUGCGAGAAAUUUUCUUCCUGUUCUGGAAUCAGGGGGUCCUAAAGUACACUUCAGCAAAGUUUCAGCAAAAGUUCAACCGGGGGUAAAAAAAGGCUCCCUGGUAAGAGGUCUUUUCUUUCAAACUUUCAGCCAAAUUUCAAUUUUUAUCAGUUUUAAUAACUUUAAUUCUAUUUUUUUUUUUUUGCGUUGGUGGCCUUUUUUAUAAAAUCCCUAAUAAAAUAACUUGUUUUUCACUAAUUUUUCGAAAAAAAGUAUAGCUAGUUAUUCGGAUGUUUAUUUGAGUGACAAAAAAACAUUUUUUUGCGUUACGCGUGCUCGAAAAAUAGAUAUUUUUUUAGGGUGGAUCAAUUUAUAGAGCAGGCGUAGCUUUAUCAAAAUUUUUUUAACGUAGAUCAUAAGAAAAUGAAAUUUUUAAUAUAUUUUCGCGGAUCAGUGUUCAAAAAAAGUUGAGUAUACAUUUUUCUGUGAAAGAGAUUUAAUUCUGAAAAAAAAUAUAAUUGAAUCUGCAUUUUUGAAAAAUUUACAUCUCCAUUGAAAAUGUUAAUCUUAACUUCAAAAUGCGUCAUGAUUUAAUACAUAUAUUUUUCCAGAUUUAAAUUGCCUGGAAGGGUUUUAUCGUCUAACAAAAUACUCCUGAAUAAGUUGGGAACUCAAGCGUUUUCUAAAAUUUGUUUCAGAACUUUUGAUCGACAAGAUUUGGAGACAUUUGUCAAAAGAAUAACGGAAGAGAACCUUGGUAUUAAACUGGAAGAGCAAGAUUUUGGUUAGUUUCUAUGGAUAAGUUUCGUGGUAGUUCUUCCGAUUUCAGACGCUUUGGUCUUGAAAGCGGCCGACGCAGUUUAUAAAGCGAUGGAAAAGUACCGAUCAGCGUGUUGGAAGAUUGCUAUGGAUUUUCUUGGUAAUAUAUUAUUUUCCAAGCACGAUUAAUUGAUUUUCUGAGUGAUCAAUUAAUGUUGGGGACCAAAUUUUGACGAUUUACUAUUACGAUUUAGUUAGACGUAUAACAUAAUUAAAUCGUUUGAUCGAGAAUAUAUAUUCAAAGUUUUCGGCUGUUCAAUGAAAGAUGAAUAAGCGUGUUUUAUAUUUGAUUAAACUGUUAAUUUCAUUUCUAUCUUUCAUGAAUGUAAAAAUUGAAGCUUCGAGACAACUGAAGUGGCGGAACUAGAUUCGUAUGAAUAUACGCUCUAGAACUCUUUUUGAAAAUCUAAAAAUCACAGUUCUUAUUAGUAGUUGUACGGAGCUCGCUUUAUGAAGGCUGAUAGCCGAAAAAACGCCUCUUUCGCCUUUCAAUCUCGACUGUCCCGAGAAAAGUAUUGAUUCACUUUAGUUUUUGAACUGUAAACUCAAGAACCUUAAAAACGCUGUAAUUUUUUUAUUUUAUUAAGAAUUGAAUAGAAGGAAUCCUGUUUCAAAUUGAAAUUUCAUAAAACGAAGGCGCGACGGCGGCUCCUGAACCUUCUGAGAAGCAAACUGAGGCCACGCCAAAGGAUAUUCUUCCCGAUUCAAAUUCAGAAGCAACUGCGUCUGGAAAUUCAGGUAAUUUAUAAUUUAGUAAGUUUUUUUGAGUAAAAAAAUACUAAUUUUCAUGCAAUGAGAAUCAAAAGCGUUCGUCAGUUUCUAUUGAUUUUUGAUCUUAAUUUUUGGCUUCAACCAAAUUUAAGAAGUUACAUACUGUAACCACCUUCAGAAACUUUAAACGCUUUCUGUUUUAUGACACAUUUUUCCUCAGUUGAGGGUUGUUUUCCAUGAAAGAUUGAAAAAUUAAAAGCGCCUUUCACUAGUAUAAUCGUUAAUUGAGUGCAGGGGAUGAUGUCGGCGAUGAAGACGUGAUUUUCGUAUGCGAGAAGUUGAGCGAUCAGCCAGCAAAAAGAGCCCCUCAAUCGGAUUCUCUUAACGAAAAUCGUUUUACAGGUGAUUUUCAAUAUUUUUCCUACCUUGAUGGAUAGUUUCAGAUGAUAAUCCUGAAAUAAUUUUUUCUGGUUAUGGCGGUGGAAUGUCAGCUGAAAAGAAGCCGAGUAAGUUCCCUAUGAAUUUAUUUUUUUCCAUUCUAAUGUUUCUGAAAAUUAUUGCGUCAGAUUGUCUAUAAUCGUCCAUUCACGCUUUUGUUUUUUAUUUGAGCCAAGCUAUUGAGAGUUAUUUCGUACUGUUUUGCUAUAUAACCCAAUUCAAAAGCUUAUUUUUAGUUUUGGUUGAGAAGUUUAAAUUUUUUAAUUAUGUUUCUCUCUCUUCAAAAACGAGAUGACAUUUCUCGAAAAAUUCAAAAGAUGUUUGAAGAAGAAAAUGGAGACUUUUCCAAAAAUUGAAAUUCAGAGAUUUCGGUGGCGGUAGAAACUGAGAGUGGAAACAACUUUUCAACCGUCGAUAAUAAGGCUUUCUUCAUUGAUGACGUCAUUGUUCUUGAUUAG